ACCAUUCGAAAAUGGCGCGUGUUGUUUUGUAGAUUGUUUUGCCAGAUUUUAUUCUUUUAUGGCUUUUAGUAAGGGUUUUAGCCUGUUAAUUUUGAYAAUAUUUUGUUUAUCUAUUGUAAAAMCCGCCAAUGUGGAUGUCGUUGCAGUCUCAGAGAAAUUAUUGUGCCGGCAGUGUGGUCAUGAAAUUACAUCAUCUGAUCAUAUACACAAUAUUGGCAGCAAUCUUGCCCUGAGACAAAGAAAUGACACGAUAGUGGGUGACAAAAGAUGUCUUGUACAGCUGUUUAAAAAUCCAAUUGGUCACCAUUUUGAAUUAAUUACAGCAAAGUCAGCUUCUCUUCUUCUGCAUGGCAAGGCACACUUAGAGCAUUCGUGGUUUCCUGAAUAUGCAUGGAAAAUUGCAACAUGUCCACAAUGUGGAGUUCACUUGGGAUGGAGCUUUGAAAACCCAAAUCCGCCACCAACAAAACCUACUGCAGAGGAAAAUACAACCAAGAAAAAAAAGCAGCCAUAUGCUUUUGUAGGACUCAUAUUUCCUCAUCUUAUUCAGGAAAAUUGUGAGUGGAUUUGCAUGAAGUGGGUUAUAAUGUCUGCUAACAGAAUGUAGUUUAUAAUCUGGUGAAAGAAUUGUCUCAUCUGUGUGGUAAUGUGCCUUUACAUUGAAGCAAGACCACCAGUCAAGUUGCAAUGAUAUCAUGGGAAAAUGAAUAA